GGAUUCAUGAAUAAAAAACCAAGGGGAGUUAAGUUCAUGGGACGCAGGAAAGUUCUCCGCAGACAAAUUUUUGGCGCUCUUCAUUCCGCCCAUGACCGAGUGCUCGUAGAAAUCCCCGAGAACUGAGCUGCGGGCGCACGGAGGGCUGCACACUCUGAACAAGCACAAGGAGACUGAAGAGGCGCUUCACUGAGGGAAUAGAGGAAGAGGAGAGAAAGGGAGAGAGAGAGAGACUGAGAUAGAGAUCCUAUCUCACUCUCCCAGUUGAGGUCUUCAGCGGAUCGCGUCCUAGCGUCUCGCAUCUGGUAAGAGGAGACACUUUUCAGGGGUUUUACGCAGCGUUAAAGUCGGAGCGUUUUGGAGGAAAGUCAGGUUUUUUCUUUUUAGAAACUCACAGCAGGACAAUGUCUAGUAAAGCGACUUUAGCCUUACUCAUCUAUGGAAUCAUAAUGCAUUACAGCGUCAACUGCUCACCUGUGGGGCUAAGCUUUCCCAGUGUUAGACUCGACAGUGAGGUUUAUGAUGAGGAUGGGAAUUCCUUACCUUCCCUGGAUUAUGACAGAGACCAAAUGGAUGUGAGAAGCCCUCCGUCUGUGGCUGACGACGUCUACUCUUUGUAUUACCCACCAGAGAAAAGAACGGAAAGGCAUGCAGACGGCAUGUUUAAUAAAGCCUACAGGAAAGCGCUGGGUCAGUUAUCAGCAAGGAAAUAUCUGCAUUCUCUGAUGGCAAAACGUGUAGGUGGGGGGAAAACACUGGAUGACAGCUCAGAGCCUCUGUCCAAGCGGCACUCAGACGGGAUCUUCACAGACAGCUACAGCCGCUACCGAAAGCAAAUGGCAGUCAAGAAAUACCUGGCAGCAGUCCUUGGGAAAAGCCUUGAAGACAUAGGUUUUCACCAUAUCCUACAAGACAUAGACUUUGAUGCCCUCCCGGACGGGGAUGAGUUUGAGGCUUUUAUGGGAGACUGGCUGAAACAGUUCUCCCCCGAAUUUCCGGCUUUGUGACGCAGGAAGCAGCUGUGGUGCCUUGCAUCGACUUUAAAAUCGCCAUGAAUCACAGAUGGCUAUUUAGUGGCCCUACAAUGCUGCACAUCAUCAGCUUACAUUUCACCCUUUUGUUGUUGUUUUUGUGUUGCACAGACGUUUGAUAGGAUCUUUAGUAGCAUCCAGCUUAGACGUCAAGCGUUGUCGCUUGCACUGCUUUCUGUUGCACUUUGUUUUUAGAACACUAGACAUAGAUUUUUGUGAAAAUAGAGGGAAGGAUCAGUUUCCCGUUCUCCAUGAAACAUUAUAUGUAUGAUAAUGAAAGCGCCAAUAGCCUUACAAAAAUGAAAUAAUCUUCAAAGAUAUAUAUAUUUACUGUGUAGAAAAUGAAUAUUAGAUUACUACUUCAAAUGGCGAUCUGCAAGGGUCAAGUCAAUAAAUGUUUAAAAAAAAGUGUUGUAAGAUUUGUAUGAAUAAAUUUUUGUAAACAACAAAAA